AUGGAUGAACAUGGCAUAAAUAACUGGCAGCUGUCGCCUUGGGAUGGAGACGCAAUCGAACCGGACUGGUUUUCUCAACUCCUGGCGAUAGACAACAGAUCUCCUUCGCAUGAUGCUGCAGCUGAUGAUGCUAACAUACACGGCUUCGAUGGCUCGGCAAAUGACAUAAACUAUCAGGGCUUUGACGCUGGAGAAACAAAUAGGUCGACAAAAGAUUUGUCCUUGCCAAUUUGUCACUUGGAUACCAUUCUAGAUCAACCCACAGAACACGAACGUCCAGUGGUGCAACGACAGCACACACUCCCACGCCGUCGGAGCAAAUACAUGAUGAGACGAUCGACAGGUACAUCCAGUCCGAUUACAAUACCGAGCGGAAGACUUCAAAAAGACCAAGACCAAUCGCCUGCUUUACAGCGAUGGCGAAACUCUCCGCCCGAGGAUGAGGCGGCAUCACUGUCAGCCAUCUACCACGCCUUAGAAGAUCAGCCCAUGCGCAUCUCACCACGCAACAGCAGGCCUUCCAGUGGUAAUGCUUUCCGAACAUACCAUGGCCCUUCAUCAACAACUAGUCUUGAUAGCGCUGCGAGUGAGUGGUCAUUACGUUCAGUAAACUCAAGCCACUCAGCCAGGUCACAAACGAAGCGUCGCGGCCAAGCUAUCAGAACACGUAACAAAGGCAAGACCAAGGGCAAAAACAUGCAAGAUCCGGAGCGUAUCUUCAAAUGUACUUUUUGUUGCGAUACCUUCAAGCACAAGUACGACUGGACGCGACAUGAAAAGUCACUCCACUUGAACAUGGAAGAGUGGAUGUGUACACCACAUGGAGCCUCAGUCGUACUGCCUAUGACUGGCAGAGUUCACUGUGCGUAUUGCAGUGCACUUGACCCCACACCCGAGCAUCUGCAGCGGCAUAACCACUCUGUAUGCGCCGCGGGUCAAUCUACCCCUCGCGUAUUCCGUCGCAAAGACCAUCUUGUCCAACACCUUCGUCUAGUCCAUGGCCUCGAGACUCUUCCACUAAUCAACGACUGGAAGCUUGAGACUACACCAGUGACAUCACGUUGUGGAAUAUGCAACACCACUCUGGAUACUUGGGACGAGCGGGCAGACCACCUGUCUGCACGUUUCCGCGAAGGCAAAACUAUGGCCGACUGGAAAGGCGAGCUGGGCUUCGAGCCUUCAGUAGCUGCUCGCGUCAUCAACGCCUUCCCACCCUACCUUAUCGCCGAGCAAGCAAAUACCGUCGUACCCUUCUCCGCCACGAACCCCGAAUCCAUCGAUCACACCAAGCAAAUGAUAUCCUAUAUGCAACUUGAAGAGCCCGCGUCCCCCGGUCUGGAUACCUCGCCACUAGGCCAAAUUGAACAGGACGUUUCGGGCUCACUAGAGGCGCUGCGUACCAUGUCGACGCAACAUGAUUUCCAUCUGCCUACAGUACUCAGGCGACAUCUUAGUCGAUUUGCGAGACGACAUAUGCUGGCGGGUAUUAUCCCGACGGAUGAAAUGUUUCAGCGCGAGUCAAGGAGGCUGUUGUAUCAGGACGCUGAUGAUGAUUGGAAUCAGACUGUUGCUGAUAAUCCGAAUUGGUUAGAGGAUUUUAGGAGGAAGAGCGGGCUUGGGGGUUGA